AUGGGGACCGCUAACAAUAACGGUGGAACUAUUAUCAGCUUCCCUCCUAAUCAUUUUGUAACCAGCCGAAUGCCUUCACAUCAUCCUAAUGGUUGUGCCAACAUUACCUUUCAGAUUCCUUCAAUUGCUAACACUGUAAAAAAAAACACUAAUACUGCAGAAAGAAGAGCUAAUCAUAAUGCUGUAGAAAGAGCAAGAAGAGAAUGCCUUAACACUAAAUUUCAAGACUUAGCACGCGCAUUACCAUCACUUUCUCAAGUAAGAAGACCAUCAAAAUCCAUAAUUGUACAAAGAUCAUUAGAAUUUAUUUACAAUGUUCGUCAAAAAGAGGCUUUACGUGAAAGGGAAAUGCAAAGUAUUCGUGCUGAAAAUGAAUCUUUGCGUGAAGAAAUUCCACUUCAUCAUCAUCCAAUAAUAGCAAUACAUCAUCUUCACAAUCCACAUCUUCCACAUCUUCACCAUAUAUUCAGCAAUUAA